AUGGCCUCUACCUUCUUCAACAAUAAGGCCCGGGCUGCAGCUGCAGCUGCCUCCAGCAGCUCCAAAGCGAAAGCCGGGGACAACAAGGAAGAUUCAACCCGGCUGCAACCCUGGGUAGAGAAAUAUCGACCCAAGACUUUGGAUGAUGUCGCCGCGCAGGAUCAUACUACUAAAGUUCUCCAGCGCACUUUGCAAGCUUCCAACUUACCUCACAUGCUCUUUUACGGCCCCCCAGGAACCGGUAAAACUUCUACAAUUCUUGCCCUCGCCAAAUCCCUCUUCGGCCCCGCCCUCUACCGCUCCCGCAUUCUCGAGUUGAACGCCUCAGACGAGCGCGGCAUCAACAUUGUUCGCGUGAAGAUCAAGAACUUUGCUCGCGCACAACUCUCCCAGCCGAACGGUCUGGAUGCUGAAUACCUCGCACAAUACCCAUGCCCUCCAUUCAAGAUCAUCAUCCUGGAUGAGGCGGAUAGCAUGACACAGGAUGCGCAGUCAGCUCUGCGCCGAACAAUGGAGCAGUACAGUCGUAUCACCCGAUUCUGUCUCGUGUGUAACUACGUCACCCGUAUUAUCGAACCAUUGGCCAGUCGUUGCAGCAAGUUCCGAUUCAAGUCCCUGGAUAACUCUGCGGCUGGUGUGCGGAUAGAGAAUAUUGCGCGGGCUGAGGGCCUGAAUCUCGAGGAUGGUGUGAUUGAUACGCUUAUUCGGUGCGGUGAUGGUGAUCUGCGUCGCGCUAUUACUUAUUUGCAGAGUGCGGCUAGGCUGGUUGGUGCUGCAAAGGCGUUGCCUGCGAAGACUGAUGAGGAUGAGGAGAUGACGGAUGCUGGGGCUCCGCAGCCGGGGCUUAUUACAAUCCAGACUAUUGAGGAGAUUGCUGGUGUAGUCCCGGAAAGUAUACUGAAUGACAUUGUGCAGGCUAUGCAGCCGAAGAGCUCGGGGCCAGCAUAUCCGGCUGUUUCGAAGGUUGUUACGGAUCUAGUGGCUGAUGGGUGGAGUGCGACUCAAGUUGUCACCCAGUUAUACCGACGGGUCGUCUUCAACGAAGCGAUUCCUGAUAUCCAGAAGAACAAGAUCGUCAUGGCUUUCUCAGAAAUGGACAAGCGACUUGUUGACGGUGCGGACGAGCAUAUGUCCAUCCUUGACCUGACUCUGCGCAUUGCCGGAAUCCUACAGGGCAAUUGA